ACUUGAAGGACCAAAAGUUUAAUUUUCUCCACCUCGCCGCACGCGAUUCUCUCGCCCCGUCCUCUUCUUCUUAACUCCACUCGGCACGCGAUUUUCUCGCCCCGUCGUCUAUCAGCGCCGCGGCUCACCCCCAUGCGACCCUAGCUUCGCUCGCUCUCCGGCGUAGCUUCUCCCUUUUCCCUGCCGCGGCGGAUCUGCGUCGGCAUUUGACGGCGGUAUCUCCGCCUCUUCUUCAUCUCUCCUCAUCGUUUCUAGGGGGAGCUGACAUUACAGGCCUGGUCUGCACCAAUGGAGGCAAUGCGCAAAAAGGAGGCAACAGCAACGGCUUGUUCUGAAGACAACCGUAAAGGUGUACAUGGUGUAUCCAUGAAUGGGCUAUACGAUCCUUGGAAUCCUGCCUACCCUCCACGUGAUCCUAGUCCAUGCGAUGCUGACAUGGCUGCUCAUAUCGCAUCAGUCAAGGAGUGGAUGGACAAAACACAGGCUAUACUUGCUAACUCCAGAGCAACCAAUAUAAUCAUACCAGAUCGUACUCCGCAGUUCGUAAAUGAUGUGCUCUUCGAUAUAUUACCCGCCUUGGUGCCAAUCUUGGAAAAGGAUAAUGUCAGAUCUUUCCUUCGCUUCUUCAAUGAGAAUGGAAGGGCCAUGUCUUGGGGUUUCAUCAUCACGCCAGAAACUUUAAACCAGAUAAUCGUGUCUAAUGCAGUGCGAUGUGCCAAAGUUGUCUUGGUUGGUGAUGAUCCUGAGCUUCAUGGUUUCCGAGCCAAUCCCAACUGCAUGACACAAUAUGGGUACUUUUCCCUCCACCGAGCUGCUGAUAUGUUCUCUGUUGAUAUGAUUGAGUUGCUCUUGCGCCAUGGUGCGUCUGCCAAUCUACGCACAUCUGGUGAUCUAGUCCCUGCUGACCUACUCCCACUCCAUGUUGCGGUUGAGAACACUUCCAUGCAUAAGUACCUUGAGGACAGUCUAAAUCCUAGUCAACAGCGUGUGGACUGCAGCCAGGCAGACAUCAACUAUAUCCUCAAGCUCAUCCACAUCCUGUGCUUACCUGAAAUGAAAAUCUUCUUGGAUACAACUAGGCUGCUAGCCAAACACACAGAUGAUCUGUUAGAUGAGCUCUGCAAGUACAUAGUAGAUGGGAAGAUCGUCCAUACGGCUGUUUUGCUCCUAGCAGCUCAAAAGCAGAUCCGCGGGCUAUCUUCCUGCAAUGGAUGUGGGAGUAGUAAGAAAGAUGGGUUUGGUACUAUCACUAACUUUGUCGUGGACAACAUUACUGCUAUAAAGAUGCGCCAAAACAGACUGGAAAUGGAGCCACUAGAGGUGAAAAAGGAGCUUCUUGAUGUUACAUUGAAUCUUGUUCAUGUAAUUUUCAAAGCUGGUGAAGCUCUUGAUGUUUACAUAAGGUCUCAUCCAAAGAUUCCCUGUGUCAUGGAAGUGGCCCAUGCGGAGGUCUUUGAACAUGUUACGCUCAUUCUGAAGGAUCAUGGAUUUUUUUCUAUUGGAGAUGGCAUAGAUAUUGGAAAUCUCCACCCCUAUCGGAAUGUGCUAUCCUCUCAAGAGCUACCUCACAAAUUAGCGGAGAUGGCUAGGAUCAAAGCAGGUCUGAAAGUGCCUUGUCUGCGAAAUGGAAAGCCUAAAGUGAAGAAAGAUCCCAGGGGAUGGGAGCUCAAAUUUGCAAGGAGAAGUUUCUUCCAAUCUCAAAGAUCAGUGUUAACAUCAGAGCUUAGUGUGAAGUUCUUCGCUCAUAAGGAGAAGACCUCGGAUAAGUCAACCGGCAAAGCAUCUAUGUUCAUGGGCGGAACUCUGCAGCCAAAAUUUAAUUAUCAGCCCAGAAGGAUGUUUGGUACAGUGGCAUUGACGCUGUUGAAAGCGCUAAGGAAGGCAUGACGAAGGAGUUGGCAAUAUCUUGCAAUUUACCCCCAAUCAUGUACCUGCAUUCAAGUAUUCAGUGUGCAGGAUGUGCUAAACGUGGGAUGUCGUAGCAAAGUAGCAGUAACUUAAGCUCAACUUCGCAAUAAUUCUGAAUCAUGUUUUGUAAAGGAAGUUAAAAGCCCAUGCGAGUGAGACAAUGGUUGCGGUGUGGCUGACAGUAGCCACAACUAUUACUCUUUUCAAUCAUAAUGGUGCAAGAAUGUUCUAUUCUCCUUAA